GUCACUCACAGCUGUCAAGUUUGUUUUCCCUCUUUUUGGAAAAAGUUCUGCCGGUUUUUUGUCAAAUUCUGACAUAAAAUAAGCAUUACCAUUACGUGAUUUGGUCCAACAAGAUGUCUUUCGUGGGACGCACACUCAUUCGCAACGUGCCGCUGUUUGGCAAGGCCAUCCUGAGUCAGCAGAAACAGUUUGCCGCCCGUCUCCUGCAUCAGACCACUCCACUAGCCGCAGUUCGUGUCCAGCAGCCCGCUCCUGACUUCAAGGGUCUGGCGGUGGUAGGAAACACUUUCCAGGAGGUGAAGCUCGAGGACUACAGGGGAAAAUACCUGGUGCUGUUCUUCUACCCAUUAGAUUUCACAUUCGUUUGCCCCACGGAAAUCGUUGCAUUUAGCGAGAGGAUCAAGGAGUUCCAUGACAUUAAUGCCGAGGUUUUGGGCGUGUCCGUGGACUCCCACUUCAGUCACCUGACCUGGUGCAAUGUUGACCGCAAGAAUGGUGGAGUAGGUCAGCUGAGCUAUCCUCUUCUAUCCGACCUGACCAAGAAGAUCUCUGCCGACUACGAUGUAUUGCUGGACAAGGAGGGCAUUUCGCUUCGCGGCACCUUCAUCAUUGAUCCUAAUGGCAUCCUGCGCCAGUACUCCAUCAAUGACCUGCCCGUUGGUCGAUCCGUCGACGAAGUCCUGCGCCUGAUCAAGGCCUUCCAGUUCGUCGAGCAACACGGAGAAGUUUGCCCUGCAAAUUGGAACCCCAAGUCGAACCCGGCCACCAUUAAGCCCGAUGUUGAGGAGUCGAAAAAGUACUUUAACAAGCACGGUUAAAUAUUAUUUGAUUAUUUCUAACACAUCUGAAACAUUCACCACACAGAAAAAAAGACUCGAAAAAUAAAGAGGUAAAAGAUUGGAAA